AUGAUUUUCAAGAGCAUCCCAUCAAAGUUAUUUGUCAAGAGACUUGGAAUUGAGCUUUCUGAUAUAGCACGAACAGCAAGACUGUCUCUUCGUGAUGGAAAAGUAUGGGAAGUUGAGGUAACAAAGAAUGAUAAAUACAUUUGGUUUGACAAAGGAUGGUCAGAUUUUGUUGAAGACAACUCAAUCUGCCAUCGUUACCUUCUAAGCUUUGAUUAUAAAGGAAACUCAAACUUUCAUGUCAUUAUCUUUGAUCCAUCGACUUUUGAAAUCAAUUAUCCAAACAGUGAUUUUGAAAAUGAAAAUGAAAAAGUCGGGCGUGAAAAUCAUGAUCCUGAACGUGAUGAUUUUAGAAAGAGGACAAAGUUGGAUCAAGCAAGGGGAAAAAUGACCAUGACUGAAAUGCGCUGCGCAUGCAAGGAGUGUAAGAUGUCUGAUUAUAGAUCGUAA